AUGCGCGCCUACGUAUUGGAUGGUGGGUAUAUGCGCCUCUAUUACCUCUUCGUACCUGAACUGGCGGUAGAUACGCUUUCCCUACCUUCUGUGCCGCAAGAGAUGGAAGCCGAGCGAGUCUCGGAGUUCGCCGCGCACACUGUACCUGCUCAGCAUACCGCGGUCCCCGCCACGCCAUUCGUUCCUUGCGACGCGACUCCAAGCCCUCCACGAGCACCCAAAAAGCGACGCGUCGAAGAUUUUCAAGACGUAGACUCUCCGUUACAUCCCGUCCGCCCGCGUAAGCGAGCGCGCGUGGAUGAUGAAGAGACUCGCGAGCAGUCUCCCAUGACGCCAGCGCGUCCGACGUCAGAGGGAAGAGGGGCGGGCCGCCCGCGGGAUUCGGAAGACUCGACCUUCUCGCUCGACAGCGUUCUCGGCUUUGGUACCCCUUCGGAGGCCUCGCCAGCGGAUAAGGAGGUGGUUCGCAGGCCUAAGUCGGUCGACCUUAGCAAGCUUGCGAGGCGCGCUGGGCGGGCGUCGGGUCGCCUCGCGCGCACGGUUUUCUCGCCAUUCAGGUUUGCCUCAAGCAAGCCCGAGAGUGGUGACCGCAACGACCUGCGCGCUCCGAGAUGCUCUUCUCCUGUGUCACUGGAUCAACGCGAAUACAGUCAAAGGUCACCAGAGGCGGCAAUGGCGACGCCGCCACCAGCGUCAAUCGCCUCGAACCCAGCAACUCCGGAACGUCUCGGCCUCCAUCUCGUCGCUUCCGCGCAGACGUCGCCACAAACAGAUUCAUCCAGGUUCGAUGAUGUCCAGUCGACAGCGCCCGCGCCCGCCUGGACCUCCCCUGUGCAAACCCGUGCUGUGUCUAGGUUUCCGCGCGACGUUGAGGGUGUGCUCGCUGCACUGGAAGAUGUCUCCAUCCGCGAUGUGUGCGCCCAUGAGCACGGGAAGAUGCAUCGAGGUUCCAUGCUUACUCUGGGAAUGCGCGCGGGCGUCAGGCUUUGA